AUGCCACAGCCACCAGAUUUUCUCCUACAGGAGCAAUAUGGCUGUUCGACGAUAUACCACGCCAUCGAGGAGGAAGUUUUCCUCAACUACCUCGAGUCUACCCUUUGUGUCUACUUUAAACGAUUUCCCACAUUGGGCUGGCCAGCUGCAGUAGUCUCCGGCCCACGGCUGUGUACGGGCACGAACGAAGAUCCAGGCGUCGAGUGGAGAGUGUUCCGGCAUCGGAAUAUCGCAGCUACAUCUUUGGUGCGUACUCCUUCUGAACGUGCAGAAUGUUCUGGCAUAUGGAUCAGAGACGGAUUUAACCAUGAGUUGUUCCUCUCGAACACGUUGUUACCAUUGCAUAAUCUGCAUGACUGCAAAGGACUUCCUUCCAUGCAUAUCCAAGUAACACUCUUCAGUGAUGGCGGGUAUGAUAUCAAUGUCAAGAUAGCUCGUUCAUUGGCUUUUGCACAAGCAAUGAAGGAAUUUGUGCACAAGCCAAUAUUUGAACCCGCACGGUUAGACGCAUGUGCCGCAGGCGGUAUCGAUGGGACUGCUCCGGAUGCAUUAUACCCAGUUCUAUUUCACUGGGAGCAACUUGUCCGGUUAAAGGAACGAGCCCGCACUGAUGAUAGCGGCCGCCCUGACAUCUCUAGACUAGAUGUGCUGCUCGCACACGUUUGGGCUGCUAUCCAACCGAGCGCGGGACCAUGGGGAAUCAACAGACGACGUGUUUAUAAAUCUGUCUAUCGGAGCUUGGACGCAUGUAUCCCCGCCACUUCCGGAGUCAUUUAUCGGUUCUCCAUUGUUCCAAACCCACAUGCGAAGCGCCUGGCAAGACGGCCCCGCAUGGCUACAAAUCUGGGAAGGAUGGCAAGUCAAAUCCGGGGGACGAUGAUGCUAUUUAGUCCAGCAAAGAUUGGAGCCAUGCUUCAUGACGCGGCCUACAAGGAGGUAUCGCGCAGAGGCUUUUGCAGGCACGCAACAUAG